AUGAUGAACAGCACCGGGCAUCUGCCGGCUGGGCAGCCAAUGCAGGGUAAUGCCGAUAUGGGAAUUCCCAGGAUGAAUGGAGGCCCCGGUGGCCAGGGCCAUCUCGGUCAGGGCCACGGUCCCCGUCGCGGACGGCCUCACCACAACCACUACAAUCCUGGCGCCCACCACCACCAUGGCCAAUAUCACCAGCCUCAUGUCGCGCACAACCCAAUGUAUGCCGCCAACUACAUGCCACAGCCUUAUGGUGUUCCUCCUGGCUACUAUGCCCCCCCUGCCUACCAGAAUGCCGCCAUGACGAACCCCUACGGCAUGCCUCAGUACGCGCCGCCACAAGCCACCUACGCUCGAUCGCCCCCGGCCAUGCAGCACUACAUGCCCAUGGUAGCCCAGAACCCCUACGUUCGACCGGCUCCUCCCCAGUCUCCCAUCGUCUCAACCCCGUACCAGGCUCCUCCCAUGCCUGCGCCGGCGCUCGUCCCGGUUCCUGCCCCUCACACUCCCUCGUCGACACACUCUCACGUCGUCCCGACCCCUAUGACUCCGCCGGCUCAGCAGAUGCCACCGAUCGUCCCUUCCCAGGCACAGAUUCAGUCGCAGCCUCAAGUUCAGGUUCAGCCUGAGCCCGAGCCCAAUAUUCAGCAAAAGGUUGUGGAGGAGCCGGUGGUCGAGGAGGCCAAGCAGCCUGCGCAGGCCGAGGCCGCAUACUCGCACUUCGCUUCGCCGCAAAAGUCUGAUAAGCCGCCGUUCUCUCUGCCAUGGUUUUCGCAUCCUGACACACCGUUCCCGACUCGCACAAAGUUGAGGAGACGUAGGCAAGCUCCUUCUGCUGCCUCGGAGAGUGUCAGCCUCCCUACUGCUCCUGGCCAACAACCUGCCUCCGAGACUACCCAGGCUGCUCCAGCGGAAAGUACUCCCACGGACAAUGUCCAGGAAGAUGCUUCUGUCCCUACGCUCACGGGCACGCCUAAGCUUGAAAUUCUUCCUCCCCGAUCCGAGACUCCUUCGACUCAAGAGCUUCCUUCUGUGGAUACCCCGUCGACUUCGCCAACUAGCUCCAUCCCAUCCCAGCAGCUCCAGGUUUCCGAGUCCAUCAUGGCCUCUCCGUCCCAGCCCGCGAAGCAAGCUACUCGUGUCCCCGUUCCCGCUGUCCCUGCCGUCCCUGUGGUUCCUGUUUUGCCAAAGCCUGCUCCCAAGGACAAGCCCACGCCUAGCGCGGAGCAGCCGUCUGCUGAGGCCAAGCCUGCCGAAUCUGCCCCUACUACUGAGCAGACUCCCGAGACGGCUGCUAAGGAUGUAACUGCUUCAACACCCGAGUCUUCGGCUCCAGCUACCCAAGCUGCCCCUGCCCCUGCUCCUGCGCCGGCGCCUGCCAAACCCAAGUCUUGGGCCAACCUGUUCACCAGGCCUGCCGCUCCCGUCAACACUGCUGCUGCUGACGCCGCUGCGGCUUCCGCUGCCCAAACCACUGUCAAUAGCCAUACCAGCGCGGAUGCUUCAGGAGCUGCUGCUGGAGUUAUCACCGGCUUUGCUCAGUCUAAGGCGAACUCUAUGGCUGAGGCUGUUCAGUCGUACCGGGUUGGCACCGCUGAGAAGAUUGCUUUCUUGGAGCCCCGCGGCCUCGUCAACACUGGUAACAUGUGCUAUAUGAACUCUAUUCUUCAAGUUUUGGUUAACUGCAUUCCUUUCUACGACUUCUUGGAUCAAGUCAGCAAGAAGGCUGCCCACAGCUUCAAUAGCGAGACUCCUCUCCUCGAUGCCAUGAUCAUGUUUAUGCGCGAGUUCAAGGUGAUCGAUUCUGCUGUGUCUAUUGACCAGCUCAAGAGGCGCCUCAAGAGCGAGGAACUCGAGCAGUACGGUGAAGCCUUUACCCCCGAGUUUGUCUAUGACGCUAUCAGAAAGCUCCCUCGAUUCGCCAGCAUGCGCCGCGGUCAUCAACAAGAUGCCGAGGAGUUCCUCGGUUUCCUUCUUGAAGGUCUCCACGACGAGUGCACCCAUGUCAUGCGUACUCUCCCGGUUUCGACUACCUCGACUGCGCCCAACUCGUCCUUGCCCUCGCCCACGACUUCCAACGCUGGUGAUGACUGGCUCGAGGUUGGACCCCGUCAAAAGGCUGCAAUUACUCGCACUUCUGGUUAUUCCUCUUCCAUCUCUCCUAUCACUAGGAUCUUCGGUGGUCACCUCCGCUCUGAACUUCGCAUCCCUGGCCUCAAGAGCUCCGUUACCCUGGAGCCCUAUCAGCCCCUUCAGCUCGAUAUUGGUGCUCCCGAGGUUCGCAACAUCGUUGAUGCUUUGAGGGGUCUUACUCGCCCAGAAACGAUCCACGGAGAUUUUAACUCGCCCCAUGGAAAGGACGCAAAGGCUACCAAGCAGGUGUUCAUUGAGUCUCUGCCUCCAGUCCUCAUUCUGCAUCUCAAACGCUUCCAGUUCGAUGCUGAAGGCCAUGGUACCAUCAAGAUUUGGAAGAAGGUCGGAUAUCCCUUGGAGCUCGAAAUCCCUCGCGAGGUCGUCUCUCGGCAGAAGCGCAACACUAUUCAUGCUGAGAAUGCCGAUCUCCUGAAGUAUCGUCUCAUCACGGUUGUCUAUCAUCACGGAAAGAAUGCCAGCGGCGGACACUAUACUGUUGAUGUUCGUCGCCAGGACGGCCCUGAAUGGGUUCGCAUCGAUGACACUGUCAUUCGCCGUGUUCGCGCUGAGGACGUCGCUGAGGCUGGCGCUGAGGAAAAGCCUUCCAAGGGCGCCGUUGGUGAUCGCAGGGAGAACGGCAGCUCGGCAGCUAGCAACCGGUUCGGCGCCAUGAACGAUGAUGAUACUGGUGAUGACGAGGGCUGGAAGCAGGCUACUGCGAACGGCAAGAAGUGGAGCAGUGUUGUCAACGGUGCCGGUCUUGCUGCUCCUAGCGGCAGUGGCAGCUUGAAGGCUGCCGCCAAGCAACAUAAUGAUAGCUUCAAGGACAACAAGGUCGCUUACCUGUUGUUUUACCAGCGUAUCUGA